AUGAAGAUCAACUUCUCUUUUGUGGCAUUGUUGGGCUUGGCUCUCCCAUGGGCUGCAGCGACCCCAAUAGCCACGUACGAUGUCAUCGAGGCUGCUGUUCUCGAGACUGACUUCAACAAAACAAUCGCCAUCUCACCGCGGGCUGGAGAUGAGUGGGAGUUGGUUGGGUAUUUUGGAUCGGCCGUCAACAACCAGUGUACUGGGAAAAGCGAGACGAUCAAAGGCAACAGUGCCACCACGAACUGUGCACGUUCGAAAACCGUGACAACCUUUGCGUGUGUCGACGUCGGAAUCAACGUCGGCUGGGCCAAGUGCGCUUUCAAGCUCUCCCGGGAAGGUACAGGCUGCUCCUCGAGCAUUCCAGCCGACAAGGAAAUCGAUGUUGAAGGUGUGAAGAAGGUCACCGCCCAGGACGUUGACGAUGUUACCUUCUACACCGUGGUGUGUAGCGAGUAG